CGUCGAGUCUCGAGAGCUGGAGCAAGUGUUGUGUUUUGAUGUCUGCAAUGAAAAGUGUAAAUAUUUCGAACGUACACUUUGUCACUUAAUAUAAUGUUAUUCACGAUGUCCACGGAUUUGAUGAAUAUUGACGGCAAUAUAAAAAGGGUGCAAAAGGAAACAUUAACACCUUAUAAGAUAGCAACAGUCAUUUUGAUACAAGAGUACUGUAUUGAAACAACAAAAGCAAUUGCUGAACGACGUGACUUUUGUUUAGCAGCAUUGAAACUGAUUCAAUCACCUGACAUGGAACUCGAUGCACUUAUGAAUAUAUUAUAUUCCCCUGAAUAUGACUUACAACGAUUUGGACAUCAAUUAGGAGUCCAAUUGAUUGUCCUAAAAGGAAAAGGAAUAGACGGGCUAUUAGAUUUAUUCGAAAGUGUUGGAAACUUGAUGAAAUCGUCAUUAGAUCAUUCCCUGUCGUUACCUACUUUAAGUAAAAAUUCUGUCCUUGGUUUAUAUAUUAGGAGAAUUAUAAUUUUCUUUGAGAAACUACCGUUCGAUCAAGUCGUAGCUCUUUAUGAAUCUUUGAAGAAAUACCUUGAUAGAAGGGCUAAUAUCUCUGAAGAGUCUGAUAUAUCAACAAUUUCUAAAUCAGAAGAUUUAUAUUCAAAUGAAAUUAAAACAACUUGGGGUGGAAGGCAGGCUGAAUUACUUGUAGCGCAGCAAGCACAUGCGCUACAGACAGAUGAACAUAAAGCAAUGUCUCCUGCAGAGCUACAAGUUCUCGUGCAAGAACUCUUAAGUUGUAGUCCUUACUAUGCUGAAGCUCAUUACUUGAGUUACUUAAACUGCUUAAGAGUCAAUGAAUAUUGUGGAGCCAUAGAUAGCCUUUAUCAUUGCUUUGACAGGCUAGCACCUUUGGAGAAUCGUUCAGUACCUGAGGACAGAUCUCGUAUUUUCAGAUAUGCGGCUUUAAAUUUAGCAGUUCUACAUGCACAGUUUAAUCAUAAGGAAGUAGCCCAAGCUGCUUUAAAGGAAGCUGUCAUGAUGGCCCAGGAGGCUGGAGACAAUGUUUGUUUGCAGCUGGCACACGCUUGGAUGUAUCAUUUGACUACUAAGCGAAAAGGACCUCUUAUAGAAAGAUCGGUUGGAAAAGCCAGUAUGUUAGGAAUAACUCACACAACUGGAUUGGGUCUCAUUGCAUAUGCCCAUAAUUCUGCUUUAGAAGCUAAAAAUCCAUCGAUAGUGUUCGAGACCCUGAUGAAAUCUGAUGUUUUAAAUUGUCAACAUUCCAUGAUAGAUCUUAUGUCAAUGACGUACGUGGAAAAAUCUGCGCUUUGGGCGUAUUACGGUAAAACCGAGAUGUCUUCGGUAUGUGCGCAGCUGCUGCUCCUGCAUAAUGCGGGAGACAAGAAACAGCAUAUGUUUAAUGGGCCAUCCACUUGCCAGGCUGUUGUUAAUGUAGCGAACAUGUUAAUAGAAGUUGGAGAAUAUUCUUUAGUGGAUGUGGUACUUUCUCACGCGAAAGAUAGGUUUCCAAAUGAACCCUGCAAUAAGAUCUGGAUGCUAAGCGAACAACUUUAUGUAUUCACACAAUUGAUGAGGCAGGAGAAGUGGGGCGAGGCUGAAGCGAUAGCGUCAAAUAUUUCAAGCUUAGAUCCUUUGGAAUGUAAAUUCAGAUUGGCAGAGGUACUUUUGGAAAAAGGAGACUAUCCAAAAGCUUUAGAGUAUAUUGACAUUAUUGAGAAAGAUGAUCAAAUAACGGCUCGAGAUAAAAUACGUGCUAUGAUUCUUUCGAGUCAAAUAAUAUGCGCAUCCGUUCCGCUGGAACAUGAAAUUGCAGGAGCUAACUCAUUGGUUCUCUUAAAUACAGCUCUUGAGUUGGCUGUGAAAAAUCACCUAUCUUAUCAUGCAGCAUUAAUUAAAAUGCAUCUUGCAAACGUUCAGUUAACAAUGAACAUGUCAACUUUAGCACUAAACUUAGUUGAAGAAGUAAUCACACAAAUUCUAGCGCAUGGGGGAUAUUUCGAACAGGGCAGGGCGUUCGUUUUAUAUGCAAAAUGUUUAAGCGCAAAUGCUCCGACAUGCGAGAAAGCGAAGAAGGGAGUGAUUUUAAAAGCGAUCAAAGCACUUUCCAAGGCGAAAAAUUGUUUUACGAAAGUCGAGGCUUAUGGCAGGCUCAGGACUACGUUGUGUUUAGAAUCUUUAUUGUAUCAUGAGAUUGAUUUGAAAACUGAACGAAACCAAAGCGCCUUUGAAUUCUGUCAGUUAAACCAACAGCUUUCUACAAAAUAUAAUUUAUCUUUGUAUUAAAAUGAAAGAAAAUACAGUACUUUUCUACAAAAACCAA